ACCACGUACGCCCCGACCGAGAAACCUUGUGAUACGGAGGAGCCUACUGAGGAGCCGACGGAUGUCCCAACUGACGCUCCCACCAAUGCACCCACCGAUGCCCCUACUGAGGCGCCUACCGACGCACCCACUGAUGCACCUACAGAUGCCCCCACCGAUGCUCCAACUGACGCGCCUACCGAUGCGCCAACUGAUGCACCGACUGAUGCCCCAACUGACUCUCCUACCGAUGUGCCGACCGACGCGCCGACAGACGAGCCCACCGAUGCCCCUACUGAGGCGCCUACCGACGCACCCACUGAUGCCCCCACCGAUGCUCCAACUGACGCGCCUACCGAUGCGCCAACUGAUGCGCCGACUGAUGCUCCAACUGACUCUCCUACCGAUGCGCCCACCGAUGCGCCUACGGACGCGCCCACCGAUGCUCCUACUGAGGCGCCUACCGACGCACCCACUGAUGCCCCCACCGAUGCUCCUACUGAGGCGCCUACCGACGCACCCACCGAUGCCCCCACCGAUGCUCCAACUGACCCGCCGACUGAUACUCCAACUGAUGUGCCUACCGAAGCACCCACUGAUGCUCCAACUGACGCGCCCACCGAUGCGCCGACCGACGAACCUUCAACACCCUGUGACAACCAAGGUAUUAACGGUAUUGGAGUGGAGAACAAG